AUUAUAAUUGUAGAAAAACCUUAAUUACUUUCGAUAUCGAUGGAGUCAAGAAAAAAAUUAAUUUUGGAGUAAUACAAAAUCAAAAAAUCAAAAAGAAUGAGUAUUUUAAAAAAGUUUCUUGCUUCGAAUUUAACAAGAUACGAAGAGCAACAGAAACGACGUUACAAGAAAUACCUCAAAAUACAAAAAUCGAACGCAAAAGAAACACCAAAAACCGAGGCUGAGUUGUACGAAGAUUACAUCGAACGCCAAAAAUCAUUGAGAUUGAGCAAACAAAAAGCACCUCUCCCAAGAGAAGAAAUCAUUUUUAAAGAACCCAAUUCAGGCUUAAAUUUAGGCCCAGCUCCAGCUCUUUUAGAAGCCACAAACAACUUCGUCGUUGUUGAUUCGAUUUUACCCGAAGAUGAAUCAAAAAAGGCUUCAAUUGAAUGUAACAUUUACGAGGAAAUUACCCACCCCCCAAUUCCAGUUCGAAGGAAACCCAGGAAAUCGUUUGAAACCUCACAAUCUUAUUACGAAGAAGAAAAACCACCUCAAGAAGCGAUUGAGAAGCAUCAAUCGAUUGAAAUUGGAAGAGUAUCAAUGUCCACUGAUUCAGACUUGUACUACGAUUGCAUCAGCAACCAAACCGAUUUUAACGAAGAAUUCCAAUUUAACGACAUAAAAUGGGAGUACCCCGAAGAAACGAAACCAAAAGGUGUUAAUUUAAUGACUUUGAAUGAAGAGAUUAAUAAUGCUUGGAGGGGAAGUUCGAAUCAAAACGGUUAUACAGUAGAAAACAUGCAAAUUCAAAACGAAAUUUGGAGUCCUCAAGAAUUAACAAUAAAGGAAUCUAAUUUUGAACCAAAUCAAGAUAUUAAAUUUGAAAAUUACGAUUAUGACGAUGAUGUCUUUAUGUCGUCCGAUAACGAAACGACAACGGAAUUAAUCCAAUCGUUUAACGAUUUCGCUGUAAUCGGUACAAAAGAAGUUGAAAGUGAACCAAAAUUAUUAGUUUCUAAAGAAAAAAUUAAACUCAAUCAAUUAACGAAUUAUUUCGAUCCGGACGAAAACGAAGGAACAAUACUCGAUAAUGAAAAAAAAUCUUUUUCUUCAACAUCUUCGCCCAGCUCAACGUCUUCAUCGUCAUCUGAAGGUGAUGUUUUUGAAAAGAAACCUGAUCGAAAAGUUAAUUUUGAUUUUGCAAACUCUUUUUGUACAACGUACGAACGUCCAAGACAACUUUCUUCUUACUCGGAUGAUUCGGCGGAAGACGAAAACCAAGUUUUACAGCCCCUUUAUUUUAACGACGAGUAUUAUAACCAAAAAGACCACGUUUAUAAAAAUUUUGGUAUCGAAAAUAAAACAAUUUUAUCCCCGAUUUAUGAAAACAUCAACGAAAACAAUCAAUCGAUGGAUUUAGUUUUAUUAAGUUGCCAAAACGGUUAUCACCACGAAAGUGAAAUUAAUGAAACAGAAGAUGAUGAAGAACUAGAUCAAUUUAGUGAGGAAGAUUCGUUGGAGUUUGAUAUAAAUCGUGAUAAAAGAUUCCAAGAGUAUUACGAUAACAUCGGUGAUUUUAAUGGAAAAACGGAUAAGAAUACAAAAGAAGAUUUAUUUUCAAUUCCAAAAAUCGAAAAUGAACUGGAUAGAAUUAAACAAACGGGCGAUGAUGUAAACGUACAAAUCGAUAAAAUUCAUUUAGUUCUAAACAAAAUCAGCGAGCAAAUCGAUUAUUUAGAAUCAAAAGACGACGAACAAUACACACCUUUAUUAAAAUUAUUGUUGCUUUGUAUGAAAAUAUUGGGAAAUUUAAAUUGUAACUUCGACGAGGAGACUUUAAAAUCGCAAAAAAUCAACAUGGAGUAUAUCAGGAAAUGUAUAACAACUCUAAAAGAAAAACAACAACCUAAAAAUACGCUGGAUGAUUACAUCUGAUAUUUUUUAAUUCGCUUUUUAUAAAAUGUACAAAAAAUAUAUUUAAUUAAACUUUUUAA